AUGUCCGGUGAUGAAAACUUCGGCGGCUUCGACUUGAAUGCGUUUGGCGACUGGGGGGCAUGCACAACGUUUUUGGGUGCUACCGGUUUCGGAAGAGGGGAAGAGGAGGAGGAGGAUCUAGGCCGUUAUCCAUACAACCGCAAGGAGACGUUGGCUCUGUACAAUGCUUGGGUCAGCAUCUCGUACGAUCCCAUCGUCGAGAAUCAACAAACCCGCUUGUGUUUUUGGGAAAAGGUCACCGAAGCUUACAACGAGACAAAGCCGAAGGGGGCUCGCCGCCGCAACUUGAAGAUGCUCUGCAGUCUUUUUGACCGAUGCGACAGAGAUAUCAAAAAAUUUUGCGCGAUCUACGGGACUGAAGUAGCGAAUUACCAAAACGGAGCCAGUGGAGCUGACAUUCUGAGAGCGGCUUUGCGAGUCUUUAAAGACGACAAGGGUAAAGAUUUCAAACAUGUCGAUGUUUGGUCGACGGUCAAAGACCUUGAAAGGUGGGCUGGCGAUGUCCCGUCUUGCACGGGGUCGAACUCAAAACACACGAAGCACACGGCGGGUGGCCAAUACUCGUUUAGUGAGGGCGGGGAAGGCUAG